GCCUGUCUAUAUAGCCUCCUUUCCUCGCGAAACCCCCCUUCACCGCCGGACGAGAACGAUGGACAUCAAGAUCAUCCACCGUUACGAUGUCUCGCCCCCCGCGAACUCUGUCCCGGCAACCGCCCUCCCUCUCACCUUCUUCGACAUCCCGUGGCUUCUCUGCCGCCCCGUGCAACGCCUCUUCUUCUACGACUUCCCUCAGUCCCCUCCCUCCUUCGCUCACACCACCCUCUCGCUCCUCGUCCGCUCUCUCUCCCUCUGUCUCCGCCGCUUCUUCCCCUUCGCCGCCAACCUCGUCCUCCCUCUGGCGCCGCCCCAGGAGCCCUACAUCCUCUACUCCGACGGCGACUCCCUCUGCUUGACCGUCGCCGAGUCCGCCGCCAGCUUCGCCGAGCUCGUCAGCGACGAGGCGCGCGACGCGACGCUGAUACACCCUCUGGUGCCUCAGCUCCCGCCGCCGCGUGCGUCCGACAGCGCACGUGUGGGGCCCCUUAUGGCGGUUCAGGUGACCCUGUUCCCAAACGAGGGCAUCUGCAUUGGGGUCCAGUUCCUCCACGUGGCGGCAGAUGGGAGGUCCUUCAAUCACUUCAUGAAAUCGUGGGCGUCCAUUCAUAGGUCCAGAGGAGACCCAACUUGCACUGACCUAGACGAAUCGAGCCCUUUCCACGACCGAGAAGUAAUCAAAGACCCGAAUGGGCUCAAGACCACAUUGUUAAAAGAUUGGUGGAACUGUGUGGGCUCUAGCCCAACUCGGAGCCCAAGUAAAGCUCGUCUCGCUGUUGCGGACAAGGUGCGAGUAACGCUUGUCUUGGGAAAAGAUCGUAUCAACAGGCUAAAAGCGCAGGUCUUGAGUCAACUCAAGAACGACGACAUUGGGUCGGAGUCGGAGCCAAUCCACUUGUCGACAUUUGUGGUGGCGUGCGCAUUCAUAUGGGUAUGCAUCAUCAAAUCGAAGGACGAAGAACAUGAGCGCCGCGACCAAACGUCAUCAGAGAGCGGCAACAACGAGCUUUGUUAUUUUUGCUUUCUCGCGGAUUGUAGGGAUCGACUCGAGUAUUCGAUACCCUCGACAUACUUUGGGAACUAUCUGGACAUAUGUAUUCUCUCGGAGAAGAGGAAUACCCUCUUGGGCAAAAGUGGAGUUUCACAUGCCGCGAGGGCUAUAGGGGCCAGAGUCAAGGAAGUGAAGACAGGUGGAGGAUUGAGAGGGGCGGCCGAAUGGAUCACGGGCUAUGCUGUAGCUGACAAUGGUGACUUAGUGACGGUGGCCGGAUCACCGAGACUGAAGGUGUACGACACGGAUUUCGGGUGGGGGAGGCCGACAAAGAGCCAUGUGGCACAUGUCGACACGUCAGGGGUGAUCACUCUCGCACUCGCAGAGUGUAGGAAUGGGGACGGUGGUGUGGAGGUCGGGUUGGCGUUGCCUAAGGUUUGCAUGGAGAAGCUUGUCCCUUUGCUUGAAAAGGGGUUGAAAUAAUUUAUGUCACCUUAGUGGACAUUGAGUCCAUACAAUGCCAUGUCAAUUUCAACCGAAAUCCUUAUAAUUCGGGUGUAACAUCAUUGGUCUUUGUACCUCAGUUUAUCCACAAAUUCGAGGAC